UUGAAAAUGGCGAAGCGUUAACGCACGCCUAGUAAUGGAACUAAACGCUGCAGGAAAAAGAUAAGUCUCAUUUGUAGAAUGUAUAGCAUGAUUUUGCUGGAGUGAAUAACGUGCCAAUAGCCAUGCGAUGCGUGGAGAGAAGGUUCCCUUUCGAGUCCGAGCGACUUUCGCCUCCUGUCGUGUUUCCGGACUGGCUCCAGCAACGCAAGUUCGGUUUAUUGGCUGGAAGUCAGAAACAUGCAGAGAGCAACGGGUUCAAGGAUUCAAUCAGUCUGAUCUACAGAAUGAAAUUGGACAGGUGUUUUGAGGCUCAUGAUGGAUGUGUGAACACAAUUUUUUGGAAUCAAAGUGGCCGUCUUCUGCUGUCUGGAUCUGAUGAUCUUCUUCUGAAGAUCUGGAACCCCUUUGAAGGUCGAUGUCUGACGAGCAUCCGAUCAGGCCACCGAUCCAACAUCUUCAACGCCAAGUUCCUCCCCUUCUCAGAUGACGCCAAAAUAGUGUCCUGUUCCGGCGAUGGUCAGUUGAUGUACACUGAUGUGUUGAGACCGGAGACUUAUGGCUCAUUCAGGUUCACAUGUCACCAGGGAUCCACUGCUGGAGUUGAAAUUAUAAACGAGGAGCCUUACUCAUUCAUAUCCUGCGGGGAAGACGGAUCAGUGCGACUUUUUGACACUAGAGUGAGGACCAGCUGCAAGAAACGAUUCCUCUGCAAUCAUGACGUCAUCUACAAGUCCUCGUGUGGAGUGAGUUCAAUCGCAGUAAAUCAGUUGAAACCCUGUCAGAUGGCAGUGAGUUGCACUGAUGGGAUUGUGCGUCUGAUGGACAGGCGCUUCAUGGACCCCCAGAGCAGCAACAGGGGACUUAAAGGGGCAUUCAUGCGCUUCUGUCCACUCAACGCGCCCAAUGAGAACGAAAACAGUGACAGGCCAGUGAGGAAGAGAAUAACCAGUGUGAAGUUUUGUCCCCGCUCGGGUAAAGAAGUGCUCGUGAGUUACUCGGGAGACUCUUUAUAUCUGUUCGGAGUAGAUGGACAGUACACCAGUCGCAGGACACGACUGAAUGAGCAGUCCAUGUGCUCGGAAAAAAAACAUGCAACUCCACGAAAUGCAGCUGCACCAAUACAACCUCGCGAUCACCCAGCAGCCAACAUAUCUCCACUGCCAGAUAGCAACAACAGCACGGAUGGACAGUCACAAAACCGAAGAUCAAUCUUCAGAAGGUUGAGAAUCAGAGGCGAUUGGAGUGACACUGGACCCCAAGCCAGACCUGCUCAGAGCAGUCAGACAAACUCAGAUCAAAAUCCAGCAGUGUCUGAAACAAGUGGUGCUACCGACAGAGAUGUCGACGAUGGGAACCCAGGAGUAGAGGAAGUACCUGAUGAUGUUGGCGCAAGCAGCCGCAAUGAGUCUAGAGGCAGUGGACCUUCCGUGAACAUCGCUAGAUUUGGCAGUAUUUUGAACGAAAUGUUAGAGCAGCAAUUUGGAGGAGCAGAAGAAGAGCCGACAUCAACUGCAAAUAAUCAGGGAAGCCACGAUGUGUCAGAAUCUUUAAAUCAUCAAACUGGCUCGACCGGACUUACUACCGUAUCUGAAUUGACUAUUCACAAUGUCGAACAUACAUCUCCAAGUUCACCCAGUGAUGCAGCUACUUUUCAUACCAUAGCAAUUUCAGCGGAAAAUAACAGGGACUCAGAUGCUACCGAAGACGAAACUAUAGAAACUACAGAACAAACGAAUAGUUCUGAAUCGGUGUCUCAAGGUCAAACCGAAUUCAGUAGCAAUUUAUUUCGGAACGAAUCAGCAAGACCUAAUAUAGUAAUAGAGCAUGUAGACAGUAGUGACUGCAUCGGACAAACGAGUUCAACGGAGUCUGCAACAGACAUGGUAGCUGAUAGUUUGCCGACUUAUGAAGAGCAGAGGCAGGACUAUAUUAGACAAGUUAAAGAGGAAGUAAGAAAUGCGCCCUUAGUGGAAGAAGGCGAAGAUCCGACCAGGAGUGUCGUUUUUGUGAGGGAAGAUGAGACGAUGGAGCAAGGUGGACAGUCCGCAAGUCAAAUAGAUUCAACGGGUAUCAACGUUUACAUGGGAACACCACGCUCACAAUCUAUCAAUGCUGGAAGCCCAUCCCUAGUGCAGACUUCAAACUUAGAGGAAGGAUCCUUCGUUGUAGAGCCAUCUGCUAGUGGCGACUCGACAAGAGCUCGUCAAGACGAUGAUCCGACUAUAAGCCGAACAGCGGAAACACGUUGGGCUAAUGUAACUAGUGGCCUUAUGAACAUGAUCCGAGCCCAAAAUAGAGCCGCAGCUUCUACAGCCAGGUCAUGGACCAGACGUCGUAAUGACCUCUUAAGCGGUGCGGCGGCUAGAAGGGCUCGACAAGACACGGGAGGCGAAGACGAAAGGGCAAGUGAAACGGAAGAUGAAGAUGAUGUUGUGAGUGAUGGUGAUGAUCAGCAGAAAAAGGACGCUGAGAUUUUGGGUUUGUUGGGGAUACCGAAUGCGGCAAUACGGGUGAGAUAUACAGGACACCGCAACACCAGAACGAUGAUCAAACAGGCUAACUUCUGGGGAGACGAUUACGUCACCACUGGGUCCGACUGUGGCCACAUCUUCGUGUACGAGAGGUACUCUGGCAAACUGGUGACAGUGAUGGAGGCAGACAGACAUGUGGUCAACUGUGUCCAGCCACAUCCCACCAACUGUGUUCUCGCAUCUAGAAAACAUGCAACUCCACGAAAUGCAGCUGCACCAAUACAACCUCGCGAUCACCCAGCAGCCAACAUAUCUCCACUGCCAGAUAGCAACAACAGCACGGAUGGACAGUCACAAAACCGAAGAUCAAUCUUCAGAAGGUUGAGAAUCAGAGACGACUGGAGUGACACUGGACCCCAAGCCAGACCUGCUCAGAGCAGUCAGACAAACUCAGAUCAAAAUCCAGCAGUGUCUGAAACAAGUGGUGCUACCGACAGAGAUGUCGACGAUGGGAACCCAGGAGUAGAGGAAGUACCUGAUGAUGUUGGUGCAAGAAGCCGCAAUGAGUCUAGAGGCAGUGGACCUUCCGUGAACAUCGCUAGAUUUGGCAGUAUUUUGAACGAAAUGUUAGAGCAGCAAUUUGGAGGAGCAGAAGAAGAGCCGACAUCAACUGCAAAUAAUCAGGGAAGCCACGAUGUGUCAGAAUCUUUAAAUCAUCAAACUGGCUCGGCCGGACUUACUACCGUAUCUGAAUCGACUAUUCACAAUGUCGAACAUACAUCUCCAAGUGCACCCAGUGAUGCAGCUACUUUUCAUACCAUAGCAAUUUCAGCGGAAAAUAACAGGGACUCAGAUGCUACCGAAGACGAAACUAUAGAAAGUACAGAACAAACGAAUAGUUCUGAAUCGGUGUCUCAAGGUCAAACCGAAUUCAGUAGCAAUUUAUUUCGGAACAAAUCAGCAAGACCUAAUAUAGUAAUAGAGCAUGUAGACAGUAGUGACUGCAUCGGACAAACGAGUUCAACGGAGUCUGCAACAGACAUGGAAGCUGAUAGUUUGCCGACUUAUGAAGAGCAGAGGCAGGACUAUAUUAGACAAGUUAAAGAGGAAGUGAGAAAUGCGCCCUUAGUGGAAGAAGGUGGACAGUCCGCAAGUCAAAUAGAUUCAACGGGUAUCAACGUUUACAUGGGAACACCACGCUCACAAUCUAUCAAUGCUGGAAGCCCAUCCUUAGUGCAGACUUCAAACUUAGAGGAAGGAUCCUUCGUUGUAGAGCCAUCUGCUAGUGGCGACUCGACAAUAGCUCGUCAAGACGAUGAUCCGACUAUAAGCCGAACAGCGGAAACACGUUGGGCUAAUCUAACUAGUGGCCUUAUGAACAUGAUCCGAGCCCAAAAUAGAGCCGCAGCUUCUACAGCCAGGUCAUGGACCAGACGUCGUAAUGACCUCUUAAGCGGUGCGGCGGCUAGAAGGGCUCGACAAGACACGGGAGGCGAAGACGAAAGGGCAAGUGAAACGGAAGAUGAAGAUGAUGUUGUGAGUGAUGGUGAUGAUCAGCAGAAAAAGGACGCUGAGAUUUUGGGUUUGUUGGGGAUACCGAAUGCGGCAAUACGGGUGAGAUAUACAGGACACCGCAACACCAGAACGAUGAUCAAACAGGCUAACUUCUGGGGAGACGAUUACGUCAUCACUGGGUCCGACUGUGGCCACAUCUUCGUGUACGAGAGGUACUCUGGCAAACUGGUGACAGUGAUGGAGGCAGACAGACAUGUGGUCAACUGUGUCCAGCCACAUCCCACCAACUGUGUUCUCGCAUCUAGUGGCAUCGAUUAUAACGUCAAGAUCUGGGCUCCCACGGGACCGCCUGGACUAGGUGCCCCUCCCCACAUGCUAGAAUUAGUAGAAAGAAACAUGGUGAUGCAGCGGCAAACACGUGAUCUAAUCACAGUACCCGCCUCAUUCAUGCUGCGUCUGCUAGCUAUAGCUUCGGCUCGAAAUAACAGACAAGAGUCGAGUGGUGGAAAUGACGAGGCAGAGAGUACUCCUAACGCGGCGACCCAGGAGACGACAGAAGGCGAAGAAAGGUCAGCAGUGAGUGAAGAAAUAAUUCAGACGCCGCCACGAGAGGAAGAAACUAAUGAAUAUUCAUCUGAUAGUGACUGAAAUUUUAGUUUAGUCUGAUAUCACGCCACUUUUUACGAGUAGCUAUAAAUUUUUGAGAGUAAUACAAUU